AUGUUGAUCAUCUACGUAGCACCACGUGAACGCUCAUCGCGGAGCCAAGAGCGCGCCGGUAGAGAAGGUGAGUUAACGUCGCACCUUUUCCCCGCCGUCAUUGCGUCACCGCAGCGGCUCAACCAUGGGGAUUGUGUAUUCGGAGCCUGCCUGUCAGGCCGCCUUCGACAAUGAUGUACGCAAGCUUUAUCACGUCCUCAAAGCAGACCCCGCGAAGCUCAACGUCCAGGACGAGGGCACCGGAGACACGCCCCUCAUCGCUGCGUGUCGUCGUGGCAACCUCAAGGUGGUCCAAUACCUGCUGGACAACCACGCAGAUGUUCAUUUGACGAACAAGAAACAGAGGACAUGUCUUCACUACGUGUCCAAGAGGACCUUCACUGCUCUAGACUACCUGAUGAUCAUCAUCCUCAUGCCCAUCCUGCUACUAGGAUUCUUCAUCAUGGAGGACAAGAAGAGGAAGAACGAGAAGCUUAUGAAGAUGAUUCUGAGCAGCAGUGUGGACAUCAACGCCAAAGACUAUAAAGGAAACACAAGCCUGCAUUACCUGUCCCAUAAGAAGAGUCACAGAUUGGUGCCGUUGCUGCUGGAGAAACAGGCCGACGCCGGCGUUAAAAACAACUUGGGAUACACAGCGCUGGACAUAGCCAAUAAAAAGAAGUUCCUGAAGAUCGUCACCAUGCUUAAGAAGGCUGGCUGACCGCACCAAGAGACAAGGAGACGGAAAGGAAGUAAACGGACCCAGUGAGCUGACACACGCAAAUAUGUAAAUAUCAACAACACGCGAGUCAACAACGCGCUUCUAUGUACCAUAAUAUUCUGUAUUAACCGUUUUGUUUUUUCAUUUGUAUCACUACUUCACAACUUCCCAUAAAUGCAUGUUAUUGAGUCCCCUCUUAAAACCCCAUUGCUAUUUACAGUCAAGAAAAACCAACAGUCAAAUGUAUAUUCAUAUUUCAAUGUCAACAAAGGAAAACUUUUGUAGAUAUUCAUGAAAGAUUUUAACGAGAUUACGAGAAUUCUAAAUUAAAACUGAAUCACAAUUGUAUCUCAAUGUAUUGGAGUGUCUUUUUAAUAGGCUACUUUUUAUGGGUGUCAUCUGUUGAAGUGUGAAUACACAUUUAUGAUUAGAUCCUAUACUAAAGGGUCAAUAACUGAUAGAUCCCACAUAAAUGCUUUUGAUGACUGCUCUUCAUUUGUCAAAUUCACCAGUCCCAAAGCAGUCUUAUCCGGUUGUUUCCACACAGAGUACUGCAAAUCAAUAAUUAACCAGUGCUCUAUACAAGUCCUCUAUUAUACCCAUAAAAUACAGACCCGACGCACAGAUGUAGAUAAAGACUGAUGUACUGUAUGCAGUAUUAACUUCCUUUAAACAAACUAAAGACACAAAAGAAUGCAGGAACAGAUGGUCAGCUGAUAACAACAACACUAUGCUACUGCAGUACUAGAACAGCAAUAUUUUGCUUAAAGUCACACACGUACGAUUACUUGGCUCAGAUAUUAGCUGUUACUGUCAUUCAAUAUGACACCGUUAAAGAUAUUGGGACAAUAGCUCUGUUUAUGUAACGACAGUUUUGCUUUAGUUGUGGAUGGUUGUACAUCAACAAAUGGAUUAAUUAUAAAAUAUAUUUUUCUUUGAAUUCCCUAUUCGACUUAAAAUUUGUCAGGCCUGUGCUUAAACGGCAAACCUUUUUAGGGUUUAAUUCAUGCACACUGGUAAACAAUAUAAAGAUUAAGAAAAUUGAAAAAAAAAUAGUAACUUAGUAGAUAGAAGUACCUACUCUGAUAAAGAAACAGACACAUUGUCACGCUUUCAGAUUAAAAUAAAACGUAACUGGAAUAAAAUCAGAUGCACAUUCUCCUUAACUCAAACACAUCCAAAAAAUUUAACCAGAUAAAAGUACUCAGAUAAAAGUACUCAUCCAUUCCUCUCCUCCUACCCUUUGCAUUAAAAACUUUAUUCUGUAUAUUGUUCCUAGUUGCUAAUCUUAGAAAGAAACAUAGCUAUAAAGUCAAGAUUUCAGAUUAAAAAAAGUAGAAUAAAAUUUGAUUCAAGGCCUCAGUGUCAGUCUCCUAUUAGAGACACACACACACACACACACACACACACACACACACACACAAAGUCAACCAAAAAUAGUAGAUAAAAGUAGUCAGUGGUUCCACCAAUCCAUUCCUAUCCUUUUUCCCUUCACAAUAAAAUAUUAUUCUGUCCAUUGUUCAUAGUUGCUUAGUUUUGUUCAUAAGUCACUACACACAAGAGGUAUGACACGAUAGUGACCUCUGGUGGUGAUUAAAAACAGUCAAAUCUGCCGUCUGAAACAAACACACAACACACACACAAA